GCGGCUGGGCACCCGGCUCGAGCAGCGGCGGCCCGGGCUUCCGCCUUCCGGGAGCUGAGGACCGUCCGCUCCCCUUCAGCUCCCGAGCGGGCGCCACUCCUGAGCGCGGGGCGCCAGCCGCCCUCCCCUCCCAGGACGGACGAUGAGCUUCCUCUUCAGCAGCCGCUCUUCCAAAACAUUCAAACCAAAGAAGAAUAUCCCUGAAGGGUCUCAUCAGUAUGAACUCUUGAAACAUGCAGAAGCAACUUUAGGAAGUGGGAAUCUGAGACAGGCUGUUAUGUUGCCAGAGGGAGAGGACCUCAAUGAAUGGAUUGCUGUUAACACUGUGGAUUUUUUCAACCAGAUCAACAUGUUAUAUGGAACUAUUACAGAAUUCUGCACUGAAGCAAGCUGUUCAGUCAUGUCUGCAGGUCCAAGGUAUGAAUAUCAUUGGGCAGAUGGUACUAAUAUUAAAAAGCCAAUCAAAUGUUCUGCACCGAAAUACAUUGACUAUUUGAUGACUUGGGUUCAGGAUCAACUUGAUGAUGAAACUCUUUUUCCAUCUAAGAUUGGUGUCCCGUUUCCCAAAAACUUCAUGUCUGUGGCGAAGACCAUUCUAAAACGUCUCUUCAGGGUGUAUGCCCAUAUUUAUCAUCAGCACUUUGAUUCUGUAAUGCAACUUCAAGAGGAGGCCCACCUCAACACCUCCUUUAAGCACUUUAUUUUUUUUGUUCAGGAGUUUAAUCUGAUUGAUAGGCGUGAGUUGGCACCUCUUCAGGAAUUAAUUGAGAAGCUUGGAUCGAAAGACAGAUAAACGGUUUCUUCUAGAACACAGUUCUCCUCUUGCUUCAUGUACUGCUAAAACUAUCUCAUUACUCUCUGUUAUAGACUAGUGAUACAAACUUUACAGAAACAGGAUUAAAAAAGACACCGGUUGUGUGUACUGAUAAAAUUGUCUCAAAGGUAGGUUGGCCUGCUGCCUUCAUAGUGAGAAAUUAAGGACACAACUGAAUCUGAGAUACUGUAUCACCACUCCUGUUACUUUCAGAGUCAUGUUUGGUUGUAAUAAGUGAUGUCUAACCUGUAGCUUGUCAGUUUACUUAUUAUUCAUUUACUGAAAGAAAUGAUUUAUUCUGUUUCAGAUGGCAGUAAUAAUGGAUGUUAAAAAUUUCCACCAGUAAGUUAUUAACAAGUUUCCAGAACAAAUUUCUUAGUAACAUAAUCAGAUCAGCUUUACUCAGUUUUAUACAGAUAAUAGGUAUUUUUAAAUUUCCUUAAGAUUUAGAACAUUUGUGUCACUUUGAAUAACUUUUUAGUUUCAAGUUUGGACAGUAGUGUUUUUAUAGAUGAGGUUAUAUGUAUACUUUUUCAAAAUCUGUGACUGCAGUUUAAAUCAUCUUCUGUUACGUGAUAUGGGAUUAACCAAGGUUAUUUUUAAAUAACUUCAUUUUUCAAAUCUGUUUUUUUAUUCACAUUUGUACAUUUUUAGGAGUGUGUGCUCAUACAAUUUUUAAAAAGCAUCUACAGGUGUUCUUGUAGGUUUUUAUUUUGACUGCUUCAUUCAAAUUAAUUUUAUUAUGUAGUUGUGACUGAAAAAAAAUAAACUUCCCCCAAAUUAUGAUAAAUUUAGGUUUCAAAGCCACUAUUUCCAUACACAUUGUUUUUCAGAGGCCUUGAAAUUCUUGAUAGGCGAAUGGAAGAAGGUACUGAGUAUUUGAUUAUUUUGUCUUGGGUUUCCUUUUUAAAAAAAAAUGUUUUUAUUGUGACUUGAGACUAGUAGUAUAGAAUGCACAAACUUUAUCCCAGUAAGGAUAAAACCUAAGAAAAACCACAAUAAAAACCUUGAAGGUGUACACAUUUUAUAGCAUAGCUAAGAGAAGUGUGUCACCUGUUUGUGUGUGUGUGUGUGUGUGUAUGUGUGUGUUUGUGUAAUUAGGGACAAUAAGUAAAAAUUAAGUCCAAAAUAGGGGUUGUAUCCUGGUUUGUUUUUGUAUGAAAACUUGAAAUUCUUCUAUUUCUGUUGGGAUCAAAAAAAUCUUCCCCUUUACUAAAAAUCUAAUUUUCAUUUGAUUUCUAGGAUUUAGUAAAUCCUAGGUGACUGUUUAAAAUGUAUUGAGGCAAAGCUUUAAGUUCACCAGCAUUCUGUGAUUCAGUGCUGUCUUUUUUGCAAAGAACUCAAACAUCCUAGAUGACUCUGAUCGGGUUAAAUUUGAUUUUUUUUUAAAUUUAUUUUUAUUCUAUUCGAGUAUAAUGAAAAGAAUUUCUUAGAAAUCCCAUUUUUAUAGUAACUGAAUUUCAGUAAGUUCUGAAAUAUAGAGUUUUAAAUUAAAAAAAUUUCAUCUGAGGCUGAAACAAUACAUCAUUGUAUGAGGGAUUAAAGAGUGAGAUUUAAAAAAAAAAAGGGAGAUCACUUAGAAGAAAAAGCACUGUCUGAAGCAUUCCACAGUCCAUGUUUAAACUCAUCCACAGGUCCUUGUCAGGUGUUCUCUGUGUUUAUAUUGAUCAUUUAUCAACAAGAAACCAGGUGUCUAGAUCCUACCUAAGAUGUUAUUGCCUCUCAACUUUUAAACCUUGUUGUUUUUUUUAAAAUCUGAAAGGAAUGAAAUAUUUCUCAACUAGGUUGUAGUUUUCAUCAUUUCCAUUUAAGAUAUUUUUAAACAAGAAUUCUCACUUUUCUCCAUUUUUCUUCAGUGAUAGAAAUCCUCUCUUUUCAUGACUUGAUUCCAAAACAAACCAAAGAUGCUCACAUAGUAGUAGCACAGUAGUGAAAACACCUUAUUAACAGGAUUAUUAAAAAUUUUUAUUGGUGAUUUAAAUGUCCUUUUUUUAAAAAAAAGGCAUUCCCAGGUUCCCAAGUCAGUCUGGCUUAACCACAGUGCACCAGACAUCAGUGUUAACACUUGUUUACAUCCAAAGACAGGAGGAGAAUUGGAGGAAGGAGAGAGAAUGGGGAGAAGAUGGCAUCUUCCUGACUUGGCUGAAGGGCCAUCCUUUGAUAAGAGUUAGAAGAAAUCAAUCUGUCUUUGACUCUUCUCAGUUAUUUUAUCUCCCUGUGCUCAGCGUCUGCCUGUACCACAACAAUCACUCCCUUGCCAUCUCCUAAUCAAAGGCCAUCCCCUCUCAAUGUCACCUUCUGUUCCUCACACCUCAUUACACCCGUGGGGUGGAGUGUGCUUACUAAAUUAUGUAGUUAAUCUUAUGGUGCUUUAAUUUCCAAGCCUUUAAAAAGCUUUUGGACAAUGAUUUACAGAUUUUUGUUUAAAUAUUGAAGCUUGCUGUGUUGCAGAUUUUGUGUUGACAGCCAGGUGUAUCUUUUAUUAUUCAGGUUGUGAAUAAAGUUGAUUUUUCAGGGCUGUCAACUAACAAAUUAUUUCAUCUUAGAUUGGAGGACCCUUAGCUCAUGUAGUUGCCUACCUGGGAAAUGUAAAUCCAUAGUCAUCGUGACUUUGAUGACAGCAAAAGGAGUUUUCCUUGUAGUGUAGAGGCAAGAACAAUCGUGGUGGUGAUGUUAACUUUUGCAGACAUUGUUGAGGUUUCCUGAUGAUACUGUUUGCUUUCUCACUGUGCAGUGAGAUUAUACUAGAAGUGGAGGUUCUCAACAUACCAUCGUUACCUCAGAAGCAUACACCAGUCAGACCCAAAGAUAUCCUAGACAUUUGUUUCUGAGCAGCCCCGUUCUGGUGCUGGAGUUAACCCUGCCUGAUUGUGGGAGAUUGUCUCCUGUCUGCAGGACCCUGGCCGGAGAAAUGCAAGCUGUGAUGCCAAACACCGAGCUACCUUUAAGAGGGGCAUUUUCUCCCGGUAACAGUUCAUUACUGGGUCUUGGUUUUAGAGUAUAGAGUUCUGGCAAAAAGAAAAAAUAGUAGCUCUUCAGUCUUCCUAUCUUUCGAAUCAGAUUUUGAUAUUUCAGAUUAUAAAAGGCUUUUGGGGGUGAGAUCAUAUGGGAUAGCAGUUAUUUUAUUGAAUGAGUUUUCUUACCAGAUUCUAUUACAAACAGGUGUUCUGUGUCCAAGUGGAUCACCAAUGUGCUAUAGAUUUAUUAUAGAACAACAGUCUGGUUUUGGUCUAUGUUAAGAAUAGUUUGAUAAGUUAGAUCUUAGUUACCCUCUGAAAUAUUUUUAAAUGUCUUUACAUGCAAAUUUAUGUUGUAUUUUUAAACCUUUAGGGGCUUUAUCUAUUUUUCUAAGUCAGUUAACUGUACUUUAAAAAAAAGUAUUUUGUAUCUACUUUUGUAACUGCCAUCAGAAUAAAAUAUAUUGAAAGAAAGAAAUGAAUGAUGAAAGUAUG